AGAGGCAGGCGCGCGCGCCCGCGCCGAUGCGCUGAGAGACGCUGCGCGUCGCGACGUUGCAACGCGAGUGUUUCUCAUCAGUUGUGACCCUUUACAUAUACUAUUUUCAUAUUUCCCUCGAUUGUGACACAACAAUCAUGAUGUUGCAAAUAUAAAGAAGAAUGUGGGAAGAUUUGUAGGCAAUCUAAGGAAGAGUGACCUCUCUGCCGUAGUAAAACUAAAUAAAUAAAUACAUUUGUUUCCUUAUUUUUUCAUUCAUUGACAUAUUAUAAAAAGACUCUUAAAUAAGUAAACAAAAAAAAAAUAUGGAUGCGGCUACCGAGGGAGAGCAGAUUGAGAAGCUGGAGAAGGAAGCAGAGAGUUUAAAAGUUCGUCUCGAUGAUGAGAGGAAAAAGCUUAACGAUGUUACACUGUCUGAAGUAGCAGACAGACUCCAAGCAAUCAAUUGUAUAAACGUAAAGCCACGAAGGGUGUUGAAGGGACAUCAAGCAAAAGUUUUAUGCUCCGAUUGGUCACCGGACAAGCGCCACAUAGUUUCAUCCUCUCAAGAUGGCAAAAUGAUAAUUUGGGAUGCAUUUACAACGAAUAAAGAGCACGCUGUUACAAUGCCCACAACUUGGGUAAUGGCGUGUGCAUACGCACCCACUGGAGCUCUCGUGGCAUGCGGUGGUCUUGACAACAAAGUCACUGUCUAUCCACUGAGUCUCGAGGACGAUGUUACAACGAGAAAAAAAACAGUCGGUACUCACACAUCUUACAUGUCGUGCUGUGCAUUUCCCAACAGUGAUCAACAAAUUUUGACUGGCAGUGGAGACAGUACUUGUGCACUGUGGGAUGUAGAGAGUGGACAAUUGCUACAAAAUUUUCAUGGCCACUCUGGCGAUGUCAUGUCCAUUGAUUUGGCACCGAGUGAAACUGGCAAUACAUUUGUCUCGGGAAGCUGUGACAAAAUGAUUCUCAUUUGGGAUAUGAGGAGUGGACAGUGUGUGCAGAGUUUUGAGGGACACGAUUCCGAUGUUAAUUCUGUGAGAUUCCAUCCAAGUGGCGAUGCUGUUGCAACAGGUUCAGACGAUGCAACUUGCCGCCUAUUUGAUCUACGAGCUGACAAAGAGGUAGCAGUUUAUGCCAAAGAGAGUAUUAUAUUCGGUGCAAAUUCCGUUGAUCUGAGUGUCAGUGGGCGUUUGUUAUUCGCUGGAUACAAUGAUUACACUGUCAACAUUUGGGAUACAUUGAAAUGCCAGCGUGUCGCUCUUCUCUAUGGACACGAAAACCGUGUUUCAUGUUUACGAGUAUCACCGGAUGGUACUGCCCUUUCCACCGGUAGUUGGGAUACUACCCUACGUGUUUGGGCUUAAUUAUAAUUAUGUCUUAAAAAGUCACUAUAUGGAUUGUUAAGUCUAAUAAUUAUUCUCAUGAAAAAAGUACCAACGUGCAUUUAACUAAUAAUAAUAAUAAACAAAGAGAAUAGAAAAACGUUAUUGCGUAAAUGAAGUGCGUGUAGAGUAAUAUUUAUGAUUCAUGAAAUUAUCAAUUUAAUUUUGUUUCGCUCGUCGAUAGUGGAAUAUCUGUAUUGUAUUAGGCUGGUCCUAAGUUCCAUAUUUCACAGAGUCAUUAUCUGUAUAAUAAUUUUUAUUAGAGAAUAACUAAUAAAAAAUGUGUAAU